CAACGUGUGGCCAUGCAUGGAGAGUGGAGAGGAAAAUCAUUAACAGUUAUGAAAACUCCAGACAUCUUCAGCUUGUCUGAGAAGGAAGUGAGAAGACAGGUGCAGGACUGUGUGAGUCUUUGUCCUCCUGGACCAAAUGUUCUGCUGCUGUUAGUGAAGCCUUCUGACUUCACAGAAAGAAACAGCCAGAGAGUGAAGUUCAUCCUGAGUUUGUUUGGCGAAGAUGCUUUGAAGUUCUCAAUGGUCAUCCUGACACAUGAGAGUGAAAUGACUUUCACUGUUAAUGAACUCAUUCAAAACUGUGAAGGAAGAAACUACAGUUUGUCUGAAGAUAACCACAGAUCAUUAAUGGAGAGGAUUGAAGAAACAGCAAAUAAAAAGAUGAAACCAGCUCUAAACAUGGUUCUGUGUGGGAGGAGAGGAGCAGGGAAGACCUCAGCAGCCAAGGCCAUUUUAGGUCAGACAGAGCUUCAUUCAGUCUCCAGCUCAGAGUGUGUUAAACAUCAGGGAGAGGUGUGUGGACGUUGGGUUUCCCUGGUGGAGCUGCCUGCAUUGAAUGGAAAACCUCAGGAGGAAGUGAUGGAGGAAUCAUUCAGGUGUAUCUCCCUCUGUGAUCCUGAGGGCGUCCAUGCCUUCAUCCUGGUCCUUCCUGUGGGUCCCCUCACUGAUGAAGACAAGAAAGAGCUGGAGACCAUCCAGAACACUUUCAGCUCUCGAGUCAAUGACUUCACCAUGAUUCUGUUCACUGUGGAGUCAGAUCCUACAGCUACAGAUGUUGUUAACUUUCUAAAGGAAAACAAGGACAUCCAGGAGCUCUGUCAGAGCUGUGGAGGAAGACAGUUUGUCCUCAACAUCAGGGACCAGCAGCAGAUCCCAGAGCUGUUGGAUGAUUUGGAAAGGAUGACAGUUAAAGGAUCCAGAUGCUUCAAAGUGAAGAUGUUUUUCAAGGCUCAGGUGGAGAAUGUAGUCAAGCUGGAAAACACUAAUGCAAGGCUUCAAGCUGAACUGCAAGAUGUUAAAAAGAAAAGUUUGAUGGGAGGUGAUGAUAAAAGUCAGAGCGGAGAGUGUCUCAGGAUGGUGCUGAUUGGAAAGACCGGCAGUGGAAAGAGUGCAACUGGAAACACCAUUUUGGGCAAAGAACAUUUUAAAUCCAGACCCAGUCAGAAGUCUGUGACCAAGUUUUGUGAGAAAGCAACAGGAGAGAUUGAUGGGCGGCCUGUAUCUGUGGUUGACACUCCCGGCUUGUUCGACACGACUCUGUCCAAUGAUGACGUUCAACAGGAGCUGGUGAAAUGCAUCAGCAUGUUGUCUCCUGGACCUCAUGUGAUCUUACUGGUGCUGCAGAUCGGUCGCUUCACAAAAGAGGAAAAAGACUCUUUGGAACUGAUCAAGAAGUAUUUUGGCAAGAGUUCAGGUGAUUUCAUCAUCAUUGUAUUCACCAGAGGAGAUGAACUGAAAAACACAACAGUUGAAAGUUACAUAACAGAAGAGUGUGAUGACUUUGUAAAACAACUGAUACAUGACUGUGGAGACAGACACCAUGUUUUCAACAACAACGAUCCAAAUCGUGCUCAGGUCAGCGAACUGCUGACAAAGGUUGAGAUGAUGGUGAGGACAAAUGCCAGCAGCUGCUACACCAAUGAGAUGUUCCAAGAGGCUGAGGCAGCAAUAAAACAGGAAGUGGAGAGGAUCCUGAGGGGGAAGGAAGAAGAGAUGAAGGCACAGAAGGAGGAGCUGCUAAAGAAACAUGAGGAAGAGAUACAAGCAAUGAAAACAAGAAUUGAAGAACAAACAGCAGAAAUUGAACAGGAGAGAAUACUGAGAGCAAAACAACUGAAAGAAAAGGAGCAAAACAUAGAAAGGGAGCGUGAACUGAGAAAAAAAGAACAGGAAAAAAGAGAAGAGGAGGACAAUAAAAGGAAAAGACAGGAUGAAUUUCAACAACAAGACUGGGAGCAAAAACUUGCAGCUAUGGAGAAAAAAAUAAAGUCAGAAUCAAAGGAGAAGGAAACCAUUGAUAGAGAGUUGGAGCAGAGCAAAGAAGAGCUUAGAAAGCAACGAGAGGACUGGGAAAAGAAACAAAAUGAAUGGUGGGAAAAACGAAAUCAAGAAAAUGAUCAGAAACGACAGGAGGAGAAAAGAAGAAUAACAAAGCUACAAGUAGAAUACGAGCAGGAAAGAGGGAAACAUGAAAUGAAAAGAAAAGAAGAAGAUCGAAUCAGAAGAGAACAGGAGGAGAAGGAGAGAAAAGAUCUGGAGGAAACCUUUAACAAGAAACUGGAGGAGAUGAAGAAGAAAUAUGAAGAGGAGGCCAGAAAACAAGCUGAAGAGUUCAAUGAGUUCAGACAGAAAUACACCAAGGACUUUUCAGCGUUGGUCGACAAGCACAUGGAAGAAAUCCAGGAAUUGAAGCAAAAGCAUGUGAGACAAAUUCAGGAGAAAGAAGAAAGCCAUGGCAAAGAGUAUAAUCUGUUACAAAACCUCUCGACUUACAAAGAGAAAGUACUGAAAGAACAAAUGAGAGAAGGCCGCUCAAUGGACAAAGAAAAACAGCUAAAAGAGGCAGAGGACUUGAAGAAAAAGCAUGAGGAAGAAAUAAAAGAACUAAAACAGAAAUACAAAAGCAGAUGUAGUAUCCUCUGAUCACUGAAGUGACCAUUGGUCAAUAUAAUGUUAGCAUGGAGCAUGAAGUGUCUGCGCUGCACUGUCUGCAUUAAAACAAAACAUUGUAGGAAUAAUUAGCUUUUUCAGUAUCAGGCCAUGUAUAAACACAGUCACCCAAAAGAUUUGUUUUUUUCCACUUUUGCUCAACCAGUUGUGAAGUGUGACCAGGAUCCUGGUUUCUUUCUGACAGAGUGACUUAAAAAUAUUGUUAAAAAAGCACAUGAACCUUCCCUCCAGAGUCCAGUAACAUCCCAUGAAAUAAAUUAAUUCAUGGACAUGAAAAACAAUAUAAACAAAUACAAUACUGUGACACAGGACUGCAAUAUUUAGAACUUUUGUUUCAUACAAUACAGUGAUGCUGCAUAAAGUCUGCGCGCGGGCCUCUUCUACAUCAAUUUAUGUGUAAAUGUCUUGACUUGUGUAAGGGAAAGCACAUAUGAAAGCACCAGCUGACAAUAAAUGUAUAGAAUACAGCCCAAUCCAGUGAAGCUCUCACGUAUUCUGUCUUCCUUUGAAAUAUCUACUCUAUUAUAGUAUUAUUAUAGUAUUAACGAGGCAACCCUGAAUUCACCAUGCCCCGUCAGAAGGCAACAUGUAGUCCUCAGCGACCACCAAGCACAGCUUCGAAAAUAAACAGACAUGCAUGCUCUCUUUGUAAUUCCAUUGUUUAACAGAUAGUCAAACAAACAGAAUGUAGAUAAAUUAUUCCCCAGCUGCACAACUGUGUUGUUAGCCAGCAGUUUACUGCUUGGACUUUGAAAUACGGAGAUUCAUUCACAAGAAAGACUUUUACAUCGUUUGUCAUUUUCAUCAGUCCCACGUGAGGCUGAUCAUUGCUGAGUGUAGGUUUGAUCUGAGUGACAUCAUUUACAUUUUACCUCAAUCAUCUAACCUAAUAAAAUAUUGGCCGGUGUUCAGCCGACACAAUCAUGUUAUGGGAUAUCAAAUAAUGAAUUUAUCACCAGGAUCGUCUACUACGACGGCGUAUUAGGGCCAUGUAUGAAAAAAUAAAUAAAUAUGGACCCAGGGGAGAAACGUAAAAACC